CGCGGCGUUGCACGCAUGCGCRUCGGGCCGCGGACCGACCCGCGCCAGCCCCGGUCCGUGGACAUGGAGGGAGACGGCGGAUCCGGGGUCCCGGCGCUGCCGGGCGGGGAUGGAGCGGGCGCAGCCCAGGGCCCGGGCCCGGCCGAUGAGGACCGGGACAUGGAGGGGGCCCCCAGCUGCUCGGGGUCGCGCUCCCUCCCCUUCGAGUUCGAGCGGGGUCGCUCGGAGUCCAGCGGCGAUGAGGACGACGACGACGAAGACGACGAGGAAGAGGAGGUGGAGGAGGAGGAGAUGGAGGGCGACACCGGGGCUCGGUUCGGGACGGAUGACGGGGARCUCGACUCGGACGAUGACCGGGAGCGUAUGAUAAACCUCGCAGAGCUGAACCCCUACAUCCUGUGUUCCAUCUGCAAAGGUUACUUUAUUGAUGCUACAACUAUUACAGAAUGUCUGCACACCUUUUGUAAAAGCUGCAUCGUGAGGCACUUCUACUAUAGCAACAGAUGUCCAAAGUGCAAUAUUGUUGUACAUCARACACAGCCUCUUUAUAAUAUCAGACUGGACCGACAACUGCAAGACAUAGUCUAUAARUUAGUUGUCAAUCUGGAGGAAAGAGAGAAAAAGCAAAUGCAUGAUUUCUAUAAAGAAAGAGGAUUAGAAGUGCCCAAACCAGCUGUCCCACAGCCAGUUCCWCCAAGUAGAGGAAGACCUCGAAAAGUUCUGGGCUCAGUGUUCCGGAUCCCACCAGAACUUGACAUUUCCAUACUUCUGGAGUUUAUUGGAGCUAAUGAAGGCGCAGGGAAUUUUAAGCCUUUGGAAAARAAGUUUGUGCGUGUUUCUGGAGAGGCAACAAUUGGACAUGUGGAGAAAUUCCUCAGAAGAAAAAUGGAUCUAGACCCUGCCUGCCAGGUGGACAUAAUCUGUGGUGAUCACCUGCUAGAGCACUACCAGACACUGAGGGAAAUCCGUCAAGUCAUAGGAGAGAGUGCAGUACAGGAUGGUCUACUUGUACUGCACUAUGGCUUGGUGGUAUCYCCACUAACUUAAAGGUUGUUGAAAGAUCAGAUGGCAAAUGAAUCUGAAGUCGUGGAGCUUCUUCACAGCUGUUUCUCACCAAAGAARCCAACACAUUUCCUGUGGCAGGAAGCAAGUGAAAGGAACCACCACUAACUGCUGUGUGCUUGUAGUGUAACGUCUGACUUYAGCACUGUAAAAAAUUGCAGCUCCUGUAAGUACAGCUGUAGAUGUUGCUAUGCUUCAUGUUACAAAUUACUGUCUUCAAAUUUCACUCAGCUCAGGGAAAUUAAAUGCUCGAAGUAGCUGAAUUUUUUUACUUUCUGAAACCACAAGAUUUCACAGGGCAAACAGCCUUUUUUUCCUCUAAGCUCUGAGGUAUAUCUUGCUGUCUAAGUGUGUAGCUAGAACAGUGCUCUCAGGGAUGAUCUUCAGUGAGCAGUAUAAUUUGUUUUGGGGAAGAGACAGUCAUUUGCCUAAAAAAAACAGCGUACUGUGAUCAUCUGUCUUUGGAUGUGAUUUGGGAAGAGGAAGGAAACUUCAGAAAYGCAGACCAAAAUGGGUAGAAAAUGAUGCMGCAUAAGCAUUGUUUUUCGAGAAGUAGCAUUAAAUUUAGUUGYUUUUCUUGAAGAAAGACAAUUUCGUUUGCACUGGAAAUAUAUUUGCUGGUAGUUUGGCUGAUACCAAAUGGUGGAUCAUGCAUCUCUAGUCUGAAUGGAGAUGAGCUGGCUGUAAGCUGGUGAAACUAUGCAUGAAAAAAAAAAGUAGCACCUCUUUCUACCUGCUUGCUGUGUAUAAAGUAAUCACUACCAACCUGAUUCUGCUAUCAUGUAAAAUCUGUCAACUGACUUGACUGUCAGGAGCAUAAAUCCAUUCACUUUAGCACAUACCUCUCCAGCAGCUGUGAAGAUGGUCGCUUUUUCCACUCUUUYUAAUGUGUUUUAGUGCAUUGUAGUGGAGACCAGGGUUGAGUAAUGUAAUACUUGCCUGUUAYUACCAGAUUCACAGAGGACAUUAGGUGAUUUUAAUUUUAACAUACUAAAAUAUUAGGUUUUGUGACAACUGUAACACUUCAAAUUUUCUUCUGUUUAAGAUUUCUGUGUUGUUUUGUGCAGCAUGAAGGACCAGAGAGCUCUGUGUGUUGUGGUCUUGCUGCAUACUGUGUCAUCAGYGUGGGGAUUCAUGAAAGCUUCCAUUAGCACCAGGCUCCUUCCCUUCCCUACAGUCGGUGUAGGGAAGAGAUUACUUUGUAAGGCAUUUCAGAGCACCAAAGUUACAGAGCCACAGAAUGGUGUCAGAGACUGAAAUAAUUCAUGCCUCAAACAUUGAUACGAAAGAAACUACGACCAAAAGGAGGCUUCCUUGAAAUACCUGAUUAGGACUUUCAACUGCCAAGAAACCUAUUGUUCAGUUAUCUCAGGCUGAGAGAAAAAAAUGCAUCCACACAAAAGCAGCAGAGAUUGCUCCCUGGCUAAAUUUGGGGUGGGGGAGGCCACAGCUCAAAGCCACAUACUGUCCCCACCCCUUCCCCCGAAACAGAGAGCAUGGAGAAGAAAUUACACAGACUAGCCCCACAGGCCACAUCCACAGGACAUUCAGGUGAAAAACARCUGAGGGAGUGUCAUAAUCCAUCAAAAACUCCCCAGAGUGCUCCCCUGAAGCUGAGCACCACAGGAUGCAACCGAUUCAGUCUGCUGCAAGGGACUGUCCCCCUGCCCUGGGAGGACAUGCCUGGACAUUGCCACCUGCCUGAGCUAUAUYAACCUGUGGGAUUCUGUGCRUUCUUGUGGGGACCAUCACCACCAAGAAAACCASCURGAGAGGAUCAACACAACAUCRUUAGGAUCCACAGAGAGUGAUAUUUUCCUUAUUCUGUCACUGUCCACCCCACCUCUUUUCUUWCUUCUCCCUUUCUYUCUUUUCUCCUCUYUCCCUCUCAUAUUUGCUAUCAAAUAAAAYCCAUACUAUUGACUGGCAUA